UAAUUAUUUGGUACAAAGAUAAAUUUAUAACCAAACCUAUGGUUUUAUUUCAAAAAAACUUAUAACUGGUUCGGCAAAUUCACUCCAUAGAUUUUCAAAGAACCAUUUCUUAUAAAAAAAUAAAUCUCAUUAGCUUAGGAACCAAAUGAAUAACAUUACGCUUGCGUUACAAUUUUCACUCUUAACCAUUCAUUCAUAACCUCCAAUUAUAACAACGAUUGGUGUGUGUUCAAUGAAAGCAAAAAAAGGUAAACAAAAGAAGAAAAUUGAAGAAUGUGAAAACAUUUCAACAGUUUUUUAAUUUGUUGGUUUAUUCCCAGGCAUCCUAAUUGAUAAAGCUUAAACCCUUUCAACAAUGGAUGCCUAGAAGGCAAGAAAUGAUCUGGUCUUCGUCAUAAAUCAAACACAAAAGAAUCUCUCGUUUAGAAAGAAAAAAAACUUCAAAUUUCAUUGCCUCAAGGCGUACAGAAAACAUUGUUUUCCUGUACGCCUUUUUCUUUUUGUUAGCACCAUGUUGUUAACAAAAAUCCGCAUUUUGCUACUAUUCAUAUGCCUUUCUUCAGUUUCGCGCUCGCUGCAUGCUGCAACAGAUGAUCAAAACUCAUUGUUCUUAGCAUGUGGUUCUCAAAAUGGUGGAACAGAUGAAGAUGAGAGAAAAUGGGAAUCGGAUACCAAGUACCUCGUAUCAGGUGAUAAAUCAGUCCCGACACAACCUCAAUCUCAUGACCCUUCUGUUCCAUCUGUUGUACCAUAUAUAAAUGCAAGAUUUUUUCAUUCAGAAUCUUCAUAUAACCUUCCUGUUAAAAACCAAUCAGCUCAUAUUUUACUCAGGCUUCAUUUUUACCCAACAACUUAUCCUAAUUUAAAUGUUUCCAAUUCAUAUAUCUCUGUUUCCGCUGGUAAAGUUACAUUGUUGAAUAAUUUCAGUGCCUUUAUAACUGCACAAGCAUGGUCACAAAAUUACAUUAUUAAAGAAUACCUCUUGGCUCCUAUGGAUUCUCCAACUUUGGAGAUCAAAAUUAAGCCUUUUGAUAAUUCGUCACUCGCGUUCAUCAAUGGAAUCGAAAUGAUCACCUCACCUGAUUUAUUUUACGGGCCUGAUCCUGUGAUGGCUGGGUUCAAUACUGAUGAAGAAGCUAGUGAUAAUGGAGAUAAUGGUGUUGUUUCUCAGCAAACUAUAUCUGUAAAGGAAAAUAAUAUGGAGUUGAUGUAUAGGGUCAAUGUUGGUGGACAAUAUAUUCCUCCGAAAAAUGAUUCAGGCGGGUUGAUGCGGAGUUGGUAUGAAGAUACUCCCUACUUAUAUGGCGGCUCAGCUGUUGGCAUUGCUAUGAGCAAUAACAUGACAAUCAAUUACGAUGCCUUGCCAUCGUAUGUUGCACCGAUUUCAGUGUACGAGAGUUGUAGAUCGAUGGGUUUCGAAUCGAAUGUCAACGUGAAUUACAACCUUACUUGGGUUUUUAAUGUUGAUGCAAACUUUACAUAUCUCGUGAGGUUUCACUGGUGCGAUUUCAUUGUCGAUUCCACGAAGAUCAAUUCGUUGGUCUUUAAUGUAUAUAUCAACGGACAAAUUGCAGAAAGCCAAGUCGACUUAGUUGCAAUGCAACAUGGGAAAAUGGCAGUUCCGUUAGUAAAAGAUUAUGUGACUCAUGUUGAUGAUAAAAAUGGAGAUGAUCAGCUUUGGAUAGCAGUGCAUCCAUCAGGAGAUAAUGCUGCUUUAGCUAAUGCUAUUGUAAAUGGAUUAGAGAUAUUUAAGAUCAACGGUGGAAACAAAAGCUUGGCAGGCCAGAAUCCUACAAUGUCAGAUUUAAUGAAGAAAUAUCAGGACGAACAGAGUAAAGAAGAAGAAGCUCCGCGUGCAUUUUCUGAUAAGGACAAAUCACAUAGUACUACUGUUAUAGGCACUGCUGCUGCUGGUGGAGUUGCUGCAUUUGGUGUAGCUGCUGUUUUGGUCAUUGUUGCUUUGAAGAGGAAAAGGAGAACUAUGGGAGUUGAAUCAGGCACGACUAGUUGGCUACCGAUAUAUGGGAGUUCCAAAUCUCAUUCUUCCGGUACCAAAUCAGCUUCCGGAAGAAGUGUUGGUGGUGGUAGCACGACCAUUUCAUCAGAUGCUGCUUCUAACUGUCGAUACUUUUCACUUGCGGAGAUCAAACAAGCUACUAAAAACUUCGACGAAUCAUAUGUUAUUGGAGUUGGUGGAUUUGGAAAGGUGUACAAAGGAGUUAUCGACGGAGACACGAAAGUUGCAAUCAAAAGAUCAAACCCGUCGUCCGAACAAGGUGUCAACGAAUUUCAAACUGAAAUCGAGAUGCUUUCAAAGCUAAGGCAUCGCCAUUUAGUGUCCUUGAUCGGGUUUUGUGAAGAAAAUAAUGAAAUGGUCCUUGUUUACGACCACAUGGCACACGGAACGUUGAGGGAACAUCUUUAUAAAGGUAACAAAACUAUACUAUCUUGGAAGCAGAGGUUGGAGAUUUGCAUUGGGGCAGCCAGAGGACUUCAUUACCUUCACACAGGAGCUAAAUACACCAUUAUUCAUAGGGAUGUGAAAAGUACAAACAUUUUGUUAAAUGACAAGUGGGUCGCUAAGGUUUCAGAUUUUGGACUUUCAAAAACUGGCCCAAACAUGAACCAAGGGCAUGUUACAACAGUUGUAAAGGGUAGCUUCGGUUAUUUGGAUCCCGAAUACUUUAGAAGACAACAAUUGACUGAAAAAUCAGAUGUGUACUCAUAUGGGGUUGUCUUGUUUGAAGUAUUGUGUGCAAGGCCAGCACUUAAUCCAAACCUUCCGAAAGAACAAGUUAGCCUUGCGGAUUGGGCAUUAGUUUGUCAAAGGAAAGGUCAUUUAGAAGAUAUUAUUGAUCCACAUUUGAAAGGAAAGAUCAAUCCUGAAUGCUUGAAAAAAUUUGCAGAAACAGCAGAGAAAUGCUUAGCUGAUAGUGGUAUAGAUCGUCCGUCCAUGGGCGAUGUGCUAUGGAAUCUUGAAUAUGCCCUUCAGUUACAGGAAAAUCCAGAUGGUGUUUUAUCACCUUCUGAGGCAACUAAUCAGGUGGAUCAUGACAAUGCUGAUCAAAACAGUUUGAUAGCUAUGCAUAGAAGCACUUUGAGCCUUGAAAGUGAAAAUGCUGAUAGUAACACAGAUGAUGUCUUUUCCCAGAUUGUGAAUCCCACAGGAAGGUAAUAGCAAUAUUAGUAUAUAAAACUGUACAAUUUCACUAUAUAUUAUUAAUCAACUAUAUAUAAGGAGUAUAGCUAGCGCGUGGUUGAUUCCUUUGUGUCACAUUUAUGUAUUUGUAAAGUUGUAUAUGUAAUCAUAUAAUAUACUAAUAAAAAGAACAAAAAUAUAUUGUACAAACUAUGUGGUCCGAGAAGUUGAUCUUUA